CAAUCGAGUGUAUCUCAGGGGAGUGGUUAUCCCCAUUGAAAUACCCGCCAUUUCUAUCACCACCGAAAUAGCAAACAUGCCUCCACUCACUCUGGAAAUUUCCCUUUCAAUCAUCUAUCCAACCACGACGACUCCAUUCUCUGAUGGAUCCGUCAGGAUCGAUAUCACCGCUCCCGACCAGGCACAUAGGGGAGAUGUCGUUCCUCAACAUCAGCCCCCGCCCACGAUUCUGCAAACCGGCCCAUCACACCCGAUAUACCGCCUUCCUCAAUCCCUCUCCUCUGGGGGCAUGAAGAUUCACUUGAAUGCUUACGCUGCGUCGGGGGGAACCCCCGAGGUCAUGUCCCACCGCGAAUUGGCCCGCUCCUCCCGCACAAGCAUGAUUGACAAAGAUCAUAUUCUGUACGAGAUCACGAAGGUGCCUGUUGGCUCCGAUUACCGCCUUGAGUGCUUUCGCUACGGUAAAGGCACCGGAGCGUACGGGUUCGGACUGAUGUCUUUCGUCAGUGGGUGGCUGUCUGGUGGCGUUUGGAACGUUGAGUAUAAAACUCAAGCCUCCGGGGCCAAAGUCGAGACCUCUGUCAAGAUACAGAUUGAUGACGGCGGCUCAGAGCAUGGUGUUUGGAAGUUGAUUGAACCGGUCCAGAAGGUGGUUGCUAGAGAGAGACCUCCGAGAGAGGGAGAGUACGGUGAGAAUGGGCGCUCUAUCGAGAUUUUUGAGGAUGAUUUUCAUGGGCAGGGGAUCAUGCCCGGGGAAGAGUGGAGGGACUUCAUCGUUGCUUGUUGGAUUACGAAGGUUUGGAGAGAGGCUACGAGAAAGCCACUUUUUGAAACAUCAGUGAGAAGCAGCACUGAAGCUGGUACCCUGCGAACUUGGUAAGGAGGUGAUGGGAACUGCCGUUCGUACUGUCCCCAGACCACUCAGGGGGGAGGGGAAUUAGGUGUUUAUAAUCUUUGACAUCUUGAGUGUUUAUCAGGCAUUACCAGAUUCAGAGGGAAAACGUUUAGGUGGGGUUUUGAAAAAUAUGAGGGUUGGGA